AUGGCUUCUUCUUCUUCUUCCUCAACCAAUCCCAUGAUCAUAUGUUUCUUUCUAUUAUUUUUAUCAUCACUAACCAAACAUGCUUCUUCUUCACCUUGGUCUUUGUCUGCAUGCUACGAUCACAUAAUUGGCUUCGGCGAUUCACUAGCGGAUACCGGCAACCUAGGUACCCUGUAUCCCUCGGACCCGCCUAUGUUCAUGUACCGCCCGCCCUACGGAGAAACCUUCUUCCACCAUCCCACCGGAAGAUGCUCUAACGGCCGCCUUAUAAUCGAUUUCAUUGCUCAAUACCUGGGCCUUCAUCUGGUACCGCCGUUUUACGAUGGGAAAAAUUCGAGCGACGUAGGUAGUGUGAAUUUUGCAGUGGCCGGAGCAAGCGCGCUGCCGGAUUCUUACUUUUUGAGCAAAGGGAUCGCGAUUCGUCAGGCAAAUGUUUCUCUGUGGGAUCAGUUGGGCUGGUUUAAGAAUAAAUUCUUGCCCAAAUUUCAAUGUCUCGAAGAUCAACAAAGCUUUCUAAGAUCGGCGUUGGUGUUAGUCGGGGAGGUUGGAGGCAAUGAUUAUAAUCAUGCAUUACUUGAUGGUGCAAGCAAAGAUUUGGUUUUUACAUUUGUACCUGAUGUUGUCGGAGCCAUCAGUUCAACUGUCAGGGAAUUGAUUAACCAAGGUGCAAGGACAUUGUUUGUUCCUGGAAACCUACCGAUUGGGUGUUCAGCCACUUACCUCUCGCAAUUCAAAAGCUCUAACAAAAGCGAUUACAACCCAAAAACAGGUUGCCUCAAUUGGUUGAACGAAUUUGUCAGCAACCACAAUACACAGCUUCGAGCACAAUUGGAUCUCAUUCAAAAAGAGAAUCCUCACACCGACAUAAUCUACGCGGAUUACUACAAUGCUGCAAUGCGAUUCUAUCUCAACCCAAAAAAAUAUGGGUUUUCAAAAGGAGCGCUCACGGCUUGUUGCCCGAAAUGCGCGCCGUACAAACUGGAUAAUCCCGAUGCGGAAACGUGCCACGUCCCACCACAGUACGUGAGUUGGGAUGGUUUGCAUUUGACGGAAUCAGCUUAUAGUAUCAUAGCAAAGGGUUUGAUCAAAGAAUCGUAUACUAUUCCUCAAAUUGAGCAAGUCUGCGCAAACCAUAUGUUCAAUAGAACGUAUGCUAAUCCUCCAAGAAUCGUACUAUAA